GGCUCACCCAAACUCACAGUCAUUUCACUCGGGCGGAGCCCCACUAUAAAUUCCUCGACUGCCUCUUGACCAGCUCCUGCGCAGUAUUUUCCUUCUUUACUUCAUUUAGGUGUCGCUCUGCUUUUAUCACGCCAGUCACAAUGCCGUCUGAUCUGGAGAGAGCGAUGGAGACUCUGAUCACUGUGUUUCACCGUUACGCGGGCAGAGAGGGCAAUAAAGCAUCGCUGAGCCGCAAAGAACUCAGACAGCUGAUGGAGACAGAGCUGUCCAGCUUUCUGAAGUCUCAGAAGGAUCCUGCUGCAGUAGACAAGAUUAUGAAGGAUCUGGACACUAAUGGCGACGGAGAGGUGAAUUUCGAGGAGUUUGUUUCUCUUGUGGUCGGUUUGUCCAUUGCUUGCGAACAGAUCUACCAGAUGCACCAGAAACAGCCAGCAGGUGUAAAAAAGCAAUAAAAGCUGAAACAAGA